CGCGACUCAUACAGUGUUAUUCUGUUUGAUCAUUCCAUUACGAAUGCCCUCGUACACGAUUUCGUCAGUUCUCCAGACCAAUUACUUGACGCCAAUGGAGGCACCAACUUUACUGCAGCAAUUCAGCGAGCUCAAUCGGUCAUGGAACAACAUUGGAGCACAGAAAAGUGUCCCUGUAAUCCGGAUGGCGAGUGCCGUAGUAUUGCGGAUCAGACUGUUCAAGAUUUGUGCCGCUCCGCGGUUCGUCUUGGGUUCGUUAGAUUGGCAACCUGUAACACAAUCUCUAGUAAAGCUUUGUCUUUCCACGCAGUAUCA